UCAAAUGUCUGCUGGUCGGUGAGAGAUGUAACACGAAUGACCUACGUUUUUAGACAAUCGUAUGGUGAGUCUGAAUCCGGUUUAAAAAUGACGUCAGGCACAUGUUCAGUAAUGUCAUCCGGCAGCAAUGAGUUUGCGUAACUAAAUUUCGUGCUCUGACUUGUGAUUCUGUUUGUAAAAAAAGCUUUCUAAGCGUGCAAACCGGAGUUGUGUUUCAACACAUCCAGUGCGACACAGAGACUGGGAAUGUAGCCGGAUAAACACCUCAAUAAUAAAAUGAGGAAAUAUAGUAGUAGAAUGUAAUGAGAGGAGAGAAGGAAUGACAUAAAAUGUAUUUGCAGAAUUGCUGUCACGUUUUGUUUUUAUUGUCGACGUUUGAGAACAUAAGGAAGCUGAACUGGCAGUUAAAUUUCAUAGGGUAAUCAUAUCCUCAUUGUUUUUGAAGAUUUCUUAAAUUUUCCAAACAAUAUUCUUUACAAAUGUAAUCUCUGGGAUUUCAUGUACUCAAAUUACUGGAAAUACCGAAGUUGAUUUAUGGUUAGCGGUCUAAAGCGACCUCUACCAUUAGUAGACAUAUCCCCGUAUUCUACAAUUAGACCACAUGUGAAUAAUCCUACAGUAUGAUAAUAAUGAUUGUAGGACGCAUUGGUGCUUCGAAAGUUUUCCACUUAUGGAUGUCAGAUCUAAUCUUCCCUAUCCCGAUAUCUCAAUCAUUGAUCGUAUUGUUUUAUGAAUUUAAACAAUAUUUUCAGAAUGCAGAAUUAAAAAGACUCAAAUUGGCUCGAGCUGCAGAGAUCGCCUAUAUCAAGGAAAAGAAUGAAUUAGCUCUAAAGUGUAAGGAAGACGAAACAGAAAUCGAGAAAUCGCGUUUCAUUUCAAUGGUGAAUGCAUUAGGUGCAGAUACACUACGUGCAAUGGCAACAGCCGAAUCAGACCAUAAUCUGAGCAUGUUGAACGCUUUGGGCCUACAAAGUACAUUAAUUACAGAUGGGACGACACCAGUGAAUUUGUUAACUACCGCUCAUGGUUUAAUUGGUUCAGUGUUUAAAGGUUCUUCUCGUAAACGUACUUCAGAGGUUUUAGACGAUGUAGAUGAAAAAUGAAGCUCAAUCGAUAUUUACUGUUUACAUUCAUGAGUUUGCUUUGAUCUAUUUCUUUAUACUUGCUUGAUUUUCUAAUGUAUUGUUUCAACAUACUUUUUUCAUGGUUGGCUGUGACGAUUUCUUCAAAUGAAUACUUAAUAAUAAUAAAAUAUGAUGUGGGACCAGGCACAUACAUGCAUAGGUCCAAGUUGCCAUACCUCAUUAGCACAACAAGAUGAACACCAAAUUUAUAGAAGUAGUUACUUCAAUGAUAGUAAUAUGUAAAAGAAAAAUUGUGUAUACAGAUAUAGUACAGGAAGAAAGAAUUAGUCCGUAAAAAGAAAGGUAUGAGGGAAUUCUAAUCUCACGGUUUAAGAGAAGAUAAAUAGUGUAUACACCUACGCCAUU